AUGGUUGCCGAAAGCAUUAAUCAACGCGACGGCCGACCAUUAGGUACUUUUAGCGUUGAUCUCAAGAGAGGGUGGUGCGAUUGUGGGAGGUUUCAGGCAUUUCAUUUACCUUACUCCCAUGUAAUCGCAGCAUGUGCCAGUAUACGACAGGAUCAUAACAUGCACAUACCAGAUGUUUUCAAGGUUCUAAAUGUAUUCAAAGUCUAUAGUGAAAGCUUCCUUGGACUUUCACACCAGCAAAAUUGGCCAACAUAUGAAGGAUUCACUCUUUGCCAUGACGAGACAAUGCGAAGGAAUAAGAAAGGGCGUCCAAAUAGUACAAGAAUUAGAACUGAAAUGGAUGAUCUUGAGAAAGAAAAGAGAAGAUGUGGGAUAUGUCGAGAAAUUGGUCAUAUGCGUAGAAAAUGUCCGAAUGUGGCAGACCCGUCAAAUCGGUCCAUCUAA